AUGAUUGUAAUAGUAACGAGUUUCUUAGUGCUCUUCAAUAUUGCGCAUGCCAAUAUUUUAGCACAACAAUUUCCAGCUGAAAGUAAUGAUGAUAUUAAUUUGGUGCCACUAAUCGUUGGUGGUGUGGAAGCGCCUGAAGGUUACGCAAAACACAUGGUUGCGCUGGUAGUAGGAGCAUAUAUAAAGAUGUUGAUUUGUGGAGGGUCUAUCGUCACUCGGAGACAUAUCCUGAGCGCGGCCCAUUGUAUCGAACCUUAUGUCAUUUGGGGAGAACUGACACCGUAUCUUUAUGGAGUAAUAGGAUCUAACAGCUGGAAAUCCACCGAGCGUGUUGUCAGAUUCUCCGGACAGGUGACCCAUCCAGAUUUUAGUUGGUUAACAAUCAAAAACGACAUUGGCGUGUUGAUUACAACUGAGGAUAUACAUUACACUGAUAGAAUACAGCCGAUACCAUUAAGUUGGAAUUGGACACCUGGAGGUAGAACUGCAUUUGCCACUGGCUGGGGAUUAACGACAACGGGUAUAAGUGAUCCGCCAAAGCGACUCCAGCUUCUGUACGUGAAGACAAUUUCACCAUUGACCUGCAUAUUGGGUGUUAGAAACGCUUCAUCAGGCUGGGAAUCAAAUCCACCGAUAGUGGACCCAUUCCAGGAGUUAUGUACCUUCCACUCAAAAGGACACGGGAUGUGUAAUGGUGACUCCGGAAGUGCUCUAGUGCUGCCACAGUCAAAGGUUCAAGUCGGCAUAGUGUCCUGGGGAUUCCCCUGCGCGCUAGGAGCACCUGACGUCUUCGUUAGAGUCAGCGCGUUCAAAAACUUUCUUAUACCUAUUAUUGGAUCACAUCUUAACGAAUUGUAA